GGAGUUGCUGUUUGUUGGUUAGGUUCUACAUUCGUUUUCUUAAAUUCUUCAUAGUAUUUAAUUCACUUUUUGUUUUCAUCAAUAUGUAUAUAUUAUUCAAAGAAAUGCUCUACGUGUUAACACCAGAAAUCAAAAUGCAAAGCAUGUUAUUUGAUAAACAAUAUGCGCUUUCUAGGUUAGACGAACCAAUCUCUAUCUUGUAAUCAAUUGAUAGUGUGACAUUUCAAUCAUCAGAUGGGUUUCUCUGACAGCAUUUUAUGACAAAACGAUUUAGGAUUGUGACAAUGAAACGUCAAAUCACAACUAAUACGAACAAACCAGCGAAUGCAAAAGAACCUCAUUGGUCAGCUGGUUUGCUUCAAGCAAUAGAGGAUCCUGAAUGUAAAAUCAGAGAAGAUGAUAAAAUAGUUGUCAUCAAAGAUAAGUAUCCUAAAGCCCAAUUUCAUUACUUGGUUUUACCAAAAGAAAAUAUUAACUCUAUAUGGCAUGUCAAAAUUGAACAUCAGGAGUUGUUAACCCACAUGCAUAAUAUUGCGUGUAGUCUCGCAGAAGAGCAAGCGGAUCACGAAUUCAUCAUGGGUUAUCACGCACAGCCCAGUAUGCAGAGGCUGCACUUACACGUAAUAAGUACGGAUUUUAAUAGUCCUUGCCUUAAAACCAAAUAUCAUUGGAACUCCUUCACGACGCCGUUCUUCUUACCUUCAUCAGAUGUAUGUCAUCAGUUGCGCGAAAAAGGCACAAUUAAAAAAAAGGAACCAAACAAGUGUAUGGAAUAUUUGAAUACAAAAUUAAAGUGUCACAAGUGCUCGACACAGCCAAAAAAUAUGCCGGAUUUGAAGAGGCAUUUGUUAACACACAUUGAUAAAUCAAAACAAUCAAAAGCAAAAUGUGUAAAUAUGUAAUUUAGAACUCUUUUUUAUUUAAUGAAACAAUUAUAAAUUAUGUCUCUAGAAAAUAAAUUAAUUCUUAUCGUA